UUACUAAACAGACACCCGCAGCACUCCACCCUACCUCCUGAAGUACAACCUCUCCCUGAGUGUGUCAAGGUUACGCACUCUUCCCCACGGCCUCCAUCUUAACCUGUGGAUUUACAUGUGACAGCAAAGGUCAAGGAAUGAAUGUGCUGUGACGUUGUCCAGUUGGAAGGCAGAUAAGAUGGCCUCUGGGUCAAAAUCAGUAUUGUUUGUUAUAAUUGCAACAACCAACAUGCCACCGAACAAAGGCUCAUGGCCUUGGUUUCUAUACUGGCAACUUAUGUUUCAAAUGUGAGAAUGAAUGUACAAACACAGCUGUUUAUGCUCGCUUCAACAGCUUUUCGUGAUAUUAUUUAGCUUCAAAGGCGCAGGGUUUCUUUCAAAUCAACCAACAAGUGAGAAAGUAAGUGCAGCAGAGAGAAAGAAAAUGAUCUUUAUUCAUUAAUUGUCCUCGUUCUUUUCCAUUCCACUCCACACUGUUAUUACUGUCAACUUCUUUUCCAUUCCACUACACACUGUUAUUACCGUCAACGUCAGACGGAUUCUUUCUUUCAGGGGCCUUGUCGUCAAAAUGACCAAGCUGUAUAGGUGAAGGUUGAAUAAAUAAAUAAAUGACAUUUCACAGAUCCCCCUCCUCCUCCCCAACCCCUCCCAUCCUCAGCCCCCUCUCCACUCACCUGCCUCAUUCCUCCUGUGUACCUCCCCUUGGGCAGGUAAACCAGUCGGGUAUAUAAAUAUAUUCAAACCUCAGUUAGCUAUCCAGGGAGCUCUGGGGUGACUCGAGACGUCGAGAAGUGAGAGAGAGAAGUGUAAACGUGUAACAGGUGGAGUUUCUCAGGAUAAGGAGCAAGUAUAUUCUCUUUACAAACCACUGGGAUUGAGAGUCCUAGAACAGGAGUGCAAGGAUGGGGCUUGGAAAGGGGAAAGAUGAUUAUAAGCUGGCGGCGACCUCCGAGGACAAUGGAAAUAAAAAGAGCAAAAAGGAGGUGAAGAAAGCAAAGGAGAAGAAGGACAUGGACGAUCUGAAAAAGGAAGUUGACCUGGAUGACCACAAGUUGACCUUGGAUGAACUUCAUAAGAAAUACGGCACAGACUUAGCCAGGGGUCUAUCCUCAGCUCGGGCUAAGGAGAUCCUUCUUCGUGAUGGCCCCAACACCCUGACCCCUCCUCCCACUACCCCUGAGUGGGUGAAGUUCUGCAGGCAGCUCUUUGGUGGGUUCUCUAUGCUCCUAUGGAUUGGUGCUAUGCUCUGCUUCCUGGCCUACGGAAUCCAGGCCGCCUCCGAGGAUGAGCCAGCUAAUGAUAAUUUGUACCUGGGUGUGGUGCUCUCUGUUGUCGUCAUUGUCACUGGCUGUUUCUCCUACUACCAAGAGGCCAAGAGCUCAAAGAUCAUGGACUCCUUCAAGAACCUGGUCCCACAGCAAGCCCUGGUUGUCCGUGACGGUGAGAAGAAGAACAUCAACGCUGAAGAAGUGGUGGUUGGAGAUCUGGUGGAGGUGAAAGGAGGAGAUAGGAUCCCAGCUGAUUUGCGUAUUGUCUCUGCCAGCGGCUGCAAGGUGGACAACUCCUCCCUCACUGGUGAAUCUGAGCCCCAGACACGUACUCCGGAUUUCUCCAAUGACAACCCCCUGGAGACAAGGAACAUUGCCUUCUUCUCUACCAACUGUGUUGAAGGAACUGCCAGAGGUAUCGUCAUCAACACUGGUGACCACACUGUCAUGGGUCGUAUCGCUACCUUGGCCACGAGUCUGGAGGGUGGGAAGACGCCUAUAGCCAAAGAGAUUGAGCACUUUAUCCACAUCAUCACCGGUGUGGCCGUCUUCCUGGGCGUGUCUUUCUUCGUCCUCUCCCUCAUUCUGGGAUAUGGUUGGCUGGAAGCUGUCAUCUUCCUCAUUGGAAUCAUUGUUGCUAAUGUGCCAGAGGGUCUCUUGGCUACUGUAACUGUGUGCUUAACUCUGACUGCCAAGCGUAUGGCCAAGAAGAACUGCCUGGUGAAGAAUCUUGAAGCUGUUGAGACCCUUGGCUCCACCUCCACCAUUUGCUCUGACAAGACCGGAACCCUGACUCAGAACAGAAUGACCGUGGCUCACAUGUGGUUCGACAACCAGAUUCAUGAGGCUGACACCACAGAGAAUCAGAGUGGUACCUGCUUCGACAAAAGCUCUGCCACCUGGGCUUCCCUGGCUAGAGUCGCUGGCCUGUGCAACCGCGCCGUCUUCCUGGCAGAACAGAACAAUGUACCUAUCCUCAAGAGAGAUGUGGCUGGUGAUGCUUCAGAGUCUGCCCUGCUGAAGUGUAUCGAGUUGUGCUGCGGGUCUGUCAAAGACAUGAGAGAAAAGUACAGCAAGAUCGCUGAGAUUCCCUUCAACUCCACCAACAAAUAUCAGCUCUCCAUUCAUAAGAACAUCGUGGCCGGAGAGUCCAAUCACCUACUGGUGAUGAAGGGAGCCCCUGAGAGGAUUCUGGACCGCUGCUCCACCAUUUUGAUUCAGGGCAAAGAACAGCCUCUGGAUGACGAGUUGAAGGAAGCCUUCCAGAACGCUUACGAAGAGCUGGGAGGGCUGGGAGAGAGAGUGCUGGGUUUCUGUCAUUUCCAGCUUCCUGAUGACCAGUUCGCGGAGGGCUUCCAGUUCGAUUGUGAAGAGGUGAACUUCCCAACUGAGAAUCUGUGCUUCGUUGGACUAAUGUCCAUGAUUGACCCUCCCCGUGCUGCUGUGCCUGACGCUGUAGGAAAGUGCAGGAGUGCUGGAAUCAAGGUUAUCAUGGUCACUGGUGAUCAUCCCAUCACUGCUAAAGCCAUUGCUAAGGGUGUGGGCAUCAUUUCUGAAGGAAACGAGACUGUUGAGGACAUCGCUGCUCGUCUGAAAAUCCCAGUUUCUGAGGUCAAUCCAAGAGAUGCCAAGGCCUGUGUUGUCCACGGUGGAGAGCUGAAGGACCUGUCAGCCGAACAGUUGGAUGACAUUUUGGCCCAUCAUACUGAGAUUGUGUUUGCCAGAACUUCUCCUCAGCAGAAGCUGAUCAUUGUGGAGGGCUGCCAGCGUCAGGGUGCUAUUGUAGCUGUGACAGGUGAUGGUGUGAAUGAUUCUCCUGCUCUGAAGAAGGCUGACAUAGGUGUUGCUAUGGGUAUCUCUGGAUCUGACGUCUCCAAGCAGGCUGCAGACAUGAUCCUCCUGGAUGACAACUUUGCCUCCAUCGUGACUGGUGUUGAAGAGGGCCGUCUGAUCUUUGACAACUUGAAGAAGUCCAUCGCCUACACCCUGACCAGUAAUAUUCCAGAAAUCUCACCUUUCCUCCUCUUCAUCAUCGCCAACAUUCCACUGCCCCUAGGAACCGUCACCAUCCUCUGUAUCGACUUGGGAACUGAUAUGGUCCCAGCUAUCUCCCUGGCCUAUGAAGAAGCUGAGAACGACAUCAUGAAGCGACAGCCCAGAAACCCCAAAACUGACAAACUGGUGAAUGAGAGGCUCAUUAGCAUAGCCUACGGUCAAAUUGGUAUGAUGCAGGCCACAGCUGGAUUCUUCACAUACUUUGUUAUCCUGGCUGAGAACGGGUUCUUGCCCAUGGAUUUGCUGGGUAUGCGUGUGGACUGGGACAACAAGAUAAUGAACGACAUGGAGGACAGCUACGGCCAGCAGUGGACAUAUGAGCGCAGAAAGAUUGUGGAGUUCACCUGCCACACAGCAUUCUUCGCCAGUAUUGUAGUUGUACAGUGGGCUGAUUUGAUCAUCUGUAAGACCAGGAGGAACUCCAUCCUUCAGCAGGGAAUGAAGAACCGUAUUCUCAUCUUCGGACUGUUUGAGGAAACUGCCCUGGCUGUCUUCCUGUCCUACUGUCCUGGAAUGGAUGUCGCCCUCAGAAUGUACCCCCUCAAGCCUUGCUGGUGGUUCUGUGCCUUACCCUACUCUCUGCUCAUCUUCCUCUAUGAUGAGGGUAGGAGAUACAUCCUGCGACGAAACCCAGGAGGUUGGGUGGAACAGGAGACCUACUACUGACAAAAAGAGGCUAUCCCCAGGAUCACUCAACGUCACUCUGCUGCUACAUCUCAACCAACAACAUUACACUACAUUUCAAUCUGCUACAUUACCAUUACAUCCAAUGAACACUGUGAUGGUGCACUCAGCCGCAUUGAGGAGUUCUUAAUUGUGAUAAUGCAAAUUGAAAUAAACAUCACUUCAACACUAA